AUGUCUCAGCCUCGGAAAUUUGACCGUGACUCGCUUUUGACCAGUCCCUCGCUCGCAGAGGUCUAUCAUAAGUUGGUCGAUGUGGCCAGCGAGUUUGCUGUGCUGGGCGAAAUUGAAACUACCAAAAUGCUGGUAUCGCUUCUGCUUCGAGACACUACUUCGGACUGGCAGCGCAAGCAGCUCAAGAACUUUGAACCCUUCUUCGCAGCAGCUGACCUAUGGCCUGAUGAGAUUCCUGAGAAGGAUAGGACCGAGAAGUCGGCCAGCAAGACCGCUACCAAACAUUCGUUAGACGAUGAAGAAAAUGCCAAAGACAAAGAUGACGUACUGAAGCUUCAGGAACAGAUGAAACGAGCCAACGACGAAAAAGGCUCUAUCGCCGUUGAUGCCCUUUGCACUGCCACAAGGCUGGCAUCAAAGCACACUGAAGAUUUAGAAGAGAUCAGGAAUGAUUCUGGUGUUCAAAAAGCUCUUGAAGUGAUCGCCAGGAAUCUGCAUAGAAACCGGAUGAUACCAUCACUUGUGGCACAUCAUGAACUGUGUGGAAUUCUCUCUUCUGGGGAAUUGGCUCAAAAAAUUCCGGUCGACAAGGAGAAACUCAAAGUCGUUGGCAAAGAAGUCGUUGCAACAUUCUCCGAACGCUUCACUCAAGGCCGCAAAAAUCAGGAUAUAGAAUCAAAGCCACUGAAAGAAGUCCUCCUGGAACUGGAACGUCACACAAAAGCUAAUGGGACGAGCUAUUGGGACGAAAUGGAAGAACCAGUUCCAGAAACACUCUUUGUACUGCCGCCAGCGACGGAUGAUCAGAUCACAUCGCUUGAGAAAAGACUCGAUAUCACGUUACCAGAUGACUACAAGGAUUUCCUCAAGAUCAGUAAUGGUUUCGGUGGGACUUGGAAUGGUUACCAUCUAGACAAUCCUCUGUAUGGAGUGGAUGACGUUCACUGGGCUGACGAAGGCUUUGAUGUGCCUUUUGUUGAGCUCCACGACACUAUUUCAGGUGUCCUCGAACUUAGGACAAACGACAAGUCCCGGCCUGAAUGGCCUAGCUCCGGAAAAACAGUCAAGGUUGGAUCUUUGGAUAUUCUCAGCACUCUUCUUAUCACCCCCAAGAAUACAAGGGCGAUUCUGGAUUCCUACCAAGAGGCUCUCAAUGACCCGAAAAUCACGGCAAAUGCGAAGAAGCAAGCACUGAAAUGCGUUGAAUCUAGGUAUGGUAGUUUGGGGGAGAUGCAAAAGCUUGAGUGGGCAGUGAUUGAACAGCAUGACUCUGAGACGCUUCCUUCUGGGACAUUCAGACAGUGCUUGGAAGACAGGCUGCGGAGAGCUCAAAGCGGUCCUUAUUUAUACAACACUGAUAAAGAGCUAGGAGGUAUUGCCUACAGCUGCAGGGCUGAUGAUUCUUGA